UUCUUGUCCGACGUCGCUACCGGAAAGUGCCGUUUGGAGCUAAGGAACGCGUGUGAAACGAAACGUAUCGUACCAGUCGUUCAGCACAUCUGUCAACCUUGUUAAACAUCGACUAUUAUUUUUAAAACUCUUGGGUUUAUUCCAGUCAAUUCGGUGGAAUUAAAUAAUAAGAACUAGGGCAUUUUAAAAGUAACUCACUUUGGUUCAAGAUCGAAACUAUGGGGUGGUGUAAUUGAUAUAUUUUGUGCUGACUGCUGUCAGAAUUAAAAAUUAAAACAUUGGAAUACUUGCUCAAGUGUUAGAUGUUCAGAUGUUUGUUAUUAGAGUUGUGCGCUAAAUAUUAUUAAUCUCAGUGGUUCGGGCCGGCUGCUGCAGUGCAGUAUUUCUCAUUGUUGCCGAGAAUAGUAUAGUGGUGUAGAAAAUCGAACAUGUCUAAAGUGUCUCUCAGUAAUAUUCCGUCAAACCCUCGUAUUAAUCGUUUGAGAACGUAUUCAAGGACGGAAAGCGAGACAUCAUGCGAAGAAGCAGCACGUCUAACAGCCGAGGGAGCAGGCGACGCUGACGAUGACGAGGCUUACGACUAUGGGGAGCUUCCACCACCGCCCGACGGUGGCUACGGUUGGGUGGUGGUCUUCGCCUCCUUCAUGUGCAACCUGGUGGUGGACGGCAUUGCGUACACAUUUGGAAUAUUCCUUCCGGAGCUGGUCACGUACUUUGGCGAAGGAAAAGGAACGGUGGCGUGGGUGGGAAGUUUGCUUUCUGGGGUGUAUCUUGCUGCGGGUCCUGUAGUAUCAGCGCUAUGCAACAAGUACGGCUGUCGAGCAGUCUGCGUGGCAGGCUCCCUGAUAGCAGCCGUUGCGUUCGUGCUUUCCACCUUCUGCAAAAGCGUCACCAUGAUGAUGAUCACCUAUGGGCUCAUUGGAGGUAUGGGCUUCGGCAUGAUCUACCUCCCGUCAGUCGUAGCAGUAGGCUACUACUUCGAGACCCGCCGCUCCUUAGCCACGGGUAUCGCAGUAUGCGGGUCCGGCGUAGGCACAUUCAGCUUUGCCCCACUCGCCGCAAUUUUGCUGAACGAAUUCGGCUCGUGGCAGAACGCGAAUCUAUUGCUUGCUGGGUUAAUAUUAAAUUGUGCCGUAUUCGGCGCCUUGAUGAGGCCUCUGGUGUAUCCCAAAACAUCGGGUGAGAAGCCUUUACUGCAACGAAUGGCGGAAGAAAAGCGGCUGCAAAUGGAGAGAGGCUCAAUAGGAGGCUCGUACUUUGUUGUACACUUACCUGAUGGCACUAUGGAGAAGAGAUUGAAGACUUCCAAUAUAUUGCAGGCGCCCCUGAACAUAGACCCGGGGGUCCACUCGUCGCUGAAUCUGGAGGCGCUGGCGCGCGUGCCCACCAUCCCCAACAUGCCGGGCGUGCCCACCGUGCCCACGCUGCCCACCAUCACCGAGGCCAGAGUGCCCGACGAUAACGAGCUCAAGAAAAAGAGCGAGAACGGCACGGCGGCGCACGCGCAGGCGCAGCACAUGUCGCGCAACGUGUCGUCGCCCGCCUUCAGCGCGCACGCGGCCGCGCUGCCCAAGAACGGCUCCGUGCCCUUCUUCGACGCGCAGCGCAAGCACAGCGUCGCCGAGAGGUCAGCCCCCGCCACCGAAGGAUUUAAGCCGUCCUUAGCUGCAAUUAGAGCAACGUCCAAAACUUCCAUGGGCAGCCAGUAUCGUAGUGAUGGGGACGAUGGAGUUUACAAUUCGAAGUUAUCAGUAGCGGCGCCGCGCGAAAGUUCUAGAAUGGUCCGGCCGAUGUCUCGCAAAGACAUCUUCUAUUCCGGCUCAGUCAUCAACCUGCCGCAGUACCAGAGCCAGAAGUCGCUGCAGGGUUACAGGAACUCUGUGCUGAGCUUGCCACAGAGCAGGCAAGCCGGUGAUCUGGAAAGACAAGAACAAUACGACCUCUGUCCAUGCCUAAAGCUGCCCGAAUCAUUCAAAUCGGCGCUAUCGUCCAUGUUGGACGUGAGUCUGCUGCGGGACCCGGCGUUCAUGCUUAUUGGCGUGUCCAACGUGUUCGGCAUGGCUGGCCUCUACGUGCCCUUCGUGUAUAUCGUGGACGCUGCUCAACUUAACGGUGUGGAACAAUCUCAAGCUUCGUUCCUGUUGUCAAUCAUCGGAAUAACGAAUACUAUUGGCCGUAUCGCAUGCGGCUGGGUUGCAGACUUUCCUUGGAUGGAUUCGCUGCUACUCAACAACAUCUGCCUUGUUAUUGCUACGAUUUCCGUGGCUCUUACCCCCUUCUGUUACUCCUAUGCGACAUACGUCUGUGUCGCUAUUGCUUUUGGAAUUGCCAUCUCCGGCUACAUUUCACUAACAUCGAUCAUCCUCGUGGAUCUUCUGGGGCUGGACAAGUUGACCAACGCGUUCGGGCUCCUCAUACUGUUCCGUGGCGCGGCCGCUAUAGUGGGAUCCCCGUUGGCCGGUGCGGUGUACGACGCUACGAAGAAUUACGACGCGUCGUUUUACAUGGCCGCCGCUUUCUUCCUGGCUUCCACGCUUACGUCGUUUGCGGCGCCUAUGUUCCGCAGAAAACCGGAGGAAAUCCAGCAGCCGCUGGACGUGCUGACGCCCAUCGACGAGGACCUGGAGGAGGGCGAGGAGGACGACCCCGACGACACGCCCAUCACCAUGGGCGCCGCACUCGCACGCGCGCCCGCUAUCACGCGCACCGCCGCCUCCCCCUCCGACCCGCCGUCGCCCACGUCGCCCACAUCGCCCAUCAGCCCCACCGAGCUCUCCCAGCGCGAGAGCGUGCUGUCAUUUUAAUUCAAGUGUUGGAAGAUAGAACAAAAGAAGUAGUUUAUGUAGUUUGGUGAGAAUUUGUGGUAAAAAAGAAGCUAUUGUUUUCAAAGAAAACGAACUGUAGCAUUAUUUUAAAUCGCAUAGUUCGUAACUAUAGUAAUAGAAUAUCGUAUCAAAGGACUGGCUACUAAAGAUGUGAAACUUUUUUAAUUACUAUAGACAUUGCCUUGAAGAUGUAUUACUUUUUCGGUUAAGUCCAAGCACAGUUUUGUAGGACAGCCAUGCUAUCUUUCUUCUAACCUUUCUUCUUCUGCUUGGUAUACCGAGGUCUCAAAACGCGAAUGUGUAUAAAUGAGUAGAUAGAAUUUAAAUAAUUAGAUAGUUUGGUCGACGAGACACCUCAGUCUCGAUAAUAGAAUGUUUGUUAUACGAGUAAGUUAAAUAAGAUCCAAAUUUGAUUGGCUGCAGACAUUGAAAAUAUUGUUUACUGUUCUUCUUCAUUCACAACAAGAAUUUAUAUUCAGGAAUUAUCCAAAUCAUUCAAAUAUUAAUUUGUACUUACGAAUAGUUAUCAUAUUUUCCACACAAAUGUAUUUUAGAACUCAUUUAAAUAUUAACAAAUACCAAUCGAAUUCAUUGAAACAUUGUUGACAUUUUCUAGAAACAUCAGUGUCUAUUGUUUCUCUAAACAUGUCUAUGAAAUUUCGUUAAUGGGUUAGUAAUAUUCAAAUGAGAAUCAAAAUGCGUUUGUAUGAAGCAUUGGAGGCGCGCUAGAGUUACUUCUCUUAAAUUUUGUAAAUAAUAAAGUUUGUAUUACCAUCCUUUUGAAAGUACUUUCUUUUAUUAAUAAUAUUAAAUAGAUAAUAUAAGCAAUAUUUUCAACGUCUGCAAGCCAUGUUGAAAGCUGUGUUAUAUUUUAAUAAUAGUAACUAUCAUGUACUAAUAAGAAUUGUUUAUUAUGUAGAAUUAUGUCUGAAGAUAUACCAACUGUAACAUAUUGUACUUAUGGUGCAAAAUUGUGUAAACAUUUGAGGUUAAUUUUUAUAAUAAUUAUGUAUUACAAGAAUUGUGUAGACUUUGUGAAAUAUGAAAUGAAGAUCUCAUCAAAGAGGUAUCACCUACACAGUCUAGAUAAUAAACCAAUGUUCUUAAACGUGCAGACGGUAUGUGUGCAAAAACUAUGUUUUAUACAAUCUUUUGUAUAUUUAAACCUUAUUGAUCUUAUUACAAAAUGCACAAGUUUAACAUCAGUUUAAACAACUUUAAAGUUUUUGUAUUAAGACCGCAUUGGUUUAAAUAUAACUAAAAGCGCAUUCGCUUAUUAUUAUUUAUUAAUGUUUUUAAUUGGCAGGUUUUACACGAAGAUUUAUGCUCGACUAUCAAAUUAAUGCAAUUAAUUUGCAGUGCAUUUUAUGUAGAAUUUUUAUUUCCGAUUGUGCCAUAUAAGUAUUAAAUGGUCGCUUAAGUUCUAACACCAUGCACCUAAGUCGCCAUCUCUACGCGCGAGAGUAUCACGGCGAUAGUCUCGCCGUGUCACCAAAUUCGAUACAAACUCUAUUGGGCUAUCUUCACAGGGCGAUACUAUCGCGGCGAUACGACGAGUGGCUCUGGACGAGUAUAACGUCGCGGACUUACCGCCUGUCGCGACGAUAUCGCUGAGUCUCGCGGCGAUAUCGCCACGUUACGCCACAGUUGAGAGGCCCAACGAGGCGUUGCAGUCACGUCACGCGGAGAUCCGUUGCGGCCUCGUGGCGUAUCGUUGCGAAUAUCGGUGACACGCUGGCGGAAUUAUCGUGGAGAUUAUCCGACGAUAUUAGGACGGACUCGUCGCGAUAGUCUCGCCCAUGAACAUGGCGCCUAAGCAAUUUUUGGCGGUUCUGACAUUUAGAUGCCGUUCGUUAGAGAAUCAAGGACACGUCGCGUGGUUUCGAUCAGUCAGAAACAAAAACGUCCAAUAAAAACUCUUAGAGGAAGAAAAAGUAAGAGCACGAUAUCCUAAACCUCGGGAAACAGGGAUUUACGGUAUUCCAUGUUUUGAACCUACCGGAGCGUUGACAAAUUUUUUCGGGAUUUGAUCGAAACUCCUCCUUACUCUGCUGAAAAGUUGCCAAAAAGUAAAUCCUAUUGAGUUUCAAGCAAUUAAAUAUCACUUGCUGUAACGGCGAAAGUUUUCCUCAUGAGGAAACCUGAACGCCUGAGAGAUAUCCAUAAUUUUCUCAAAAGGUGUGCGAAGUCUGCCAAUCCGCACUUGACCAGCUUGGUGGACUAUGGCUAAGAGGAGAGCCGUUCUCAGUAGUGAGCUGGCGAUGGGUUGAUGAUGAUAAAGUUGCUAAUUUCGACUUGCAAGGUAUUAGAACUCAAGCGAUUAUAUCAUUUGUAAUGGAAAGUAGUUAUUCAAGAAGUAAUGAACUCAAAACUAAUUAUAUAUGUACUUACUUAUUAUUAUUAUUAUAAUGUAUGAGAGACAGUAUCGCGACCGUCAAAGGGAACUUAUUGUUCUAAGCCCCGUAUGAUAAAUUCUAAAGAAACCCCCUUAGAUUAAGAUUUUAAAAAACGGGCGAUUGUAUGAAGGGAGAUGUAAUUUGUAAAGUCUGUCAUGUAACAUGUUACUUAAUGAAGUUACUAGAUAGGACACUGUACAUAACUUUUACACGUGUUGAUAGCCGAUGUGUACCUUAUAUGUACGAGCAACAUUAACUUAGUAGGUAAUAAGUCUCCAUUUCUAAAAAAAAACUCUAAUACACGUUUUCUAGAUACAUUUUUUUAUAUUAUUGUCCAGUCCGUAUACUAAAGCAAAAUAAAUUAGUACUUAGUAUAGGCUGUACUUAGUGAUCACGAUUCUGAAAGUAUCUUUUUUCUUUAAAAAUGGUCAAUCUGAGUUAUUAUGAUUAUUUAGCUAUUUUGGUUUAUAGUUUGACCCAGUCUAAAAAUUAAAAAAUAAAA